CUCUGACCCCAACCGACGGUCACCACGACUAGCACGCUUACCUCCGGAUUUCCGUUGCUCUUUGUUGAGCCUUUCAGAGGCAUCCAUUAGAGUGAUCAUUCAUCUCACUCGCGUCUUGGUUAUUGCGGAAGUCGGCGCUGGCACCACUAGACCAUGGUACUCAAGAUCGCACAUGCGACCUUGACAUCGAUCUUGCCAUCGAAAUACUACACGCAUGCUGUACUAGUCAUAGUUGCAAUCAUCACAAUACAUGCGUAUGCUCAGGGCAGGAAAACGAAUCGUGAGCGGGAUCUACAUGGUCGUUCCAUCAUUGUAACUGGAGCAUUCACUCCUAUUGGCCUGACGCUUCUUGAUUCCCUCGCACGUCGUGGUGCACAUCUGAUUGCGCUUUCCCCAGAUCCAGUGGACCUGUCCGAAGGUGCCCCGGCGACGUCAGCUGCGUUAUUGGUCCCCGUACUGCGAAGCACAACGAACAACGAGAACAUAUACGCCGAGCACUGUGACCUUACCUCACCUGCAUCGAUCCGAGCGUUCUGCGCGCAUUUCGUCCAGGGCGAGCAACAGCGACUCGAUGCUAUACUUUUCGCACACGAAUACGCACACAUUGGGCCCAUGUUACCCACGAAGCCUACUCGGGAUGUAGUGAAGGAACGGCGAGAUGCGUCAUGCGCCACCUUCCUGCUCACUACCCUUUUACUACCUGUCUUACUUGUCGCGCCUGUCGAGCGAGAUAUUCGGCUGGUCACUCUCAUCAACCCCUUUUAUGCUGCGGCGGCGGCAACCUUCUCUGCUUUGCCCACCCCUGGAACUGCAUCCACGUCCACAUACCCACAGUCGGCACUCUUCUUGACUGAAGGCAGACGCGCUCUUCGCACGGCAAUUAUGACGCGUCACUUGCAGCGCGUGCUCGACGCGCUCCCAGCCAGUGCCCAGGUGCCGCGCGCCAAUUCGGAUGCGUCAACUGUGCCCGUGGUAAGUGACAAGGUGCAGCGCUCGAACAUUGUGACUGUAUCCGUCUCGCCGGGGGUAAGCCGCUCGGACAUUAUUGCUCCACUACUGGGUGCGGACACGCCACGCCAAGGUGUCUCAAUCAGCGGCAUAAUUUUGUACUUCCUCGCCACCCCUAUCCUCCGUAUGCUCACGAAGUCCUCUGCCUCUGCCGCGCAGGGUGUACUCCACACGCUGUUUUUGCCCACGCCAUUCAAACGACUUGCUACAUCGUCGACGCCAGGUGCAACGGCUCAGUUUCUCGAUCCUGAGGAAGUGCUCAAGCCUGGUGCGCUAUACGCCGAGUGUGCAGUCACGCGGCUACACGUCCCGCUACCGCCAGCACCGCCAGAGAACGACUCGGAGUCUGAUGCGUCUUCUCAGACUAGCAAUGCAGCAGGAGCCAGCGAUAAUCCAGGGACUAUGCGACAGACUGUGGAUGACGGGGAGCUGGGUGGAGAGGUGCUUGGGACGCUUGUUUGGGACGAGUACGAGCGCGAGCUGAAGGCGUGGGAGGCACUAGAAAUCGAGGAACAGAGAAGGGCAAAACAAGGAGACCAAAAGAGAGGCGGACUGGAAGACGGGAGGCACACGCCGCCAACAGUCGAUGAGACUAGUGGAUGAUCUUGCACAUACAUUUUCAGUGUCCAUGAGUGUGGACGAUUUUAUUACUAUGUGCGUGGAUGUAAGGCAUGGACGAGUUGG